GCCCCCCUCCCCCCCCCGCCCUGCUCCCGACAGCCCUUAGGGGCUGUCGGCUUGUAGCUCCCAGGUGGUCACGCUCCCUGCACCUGCCGAGCAAGCUCCCUGGCUCGUGAAGACCAGAAAGAGCCUGUCUCCUACUUCGCCCUGACUUCUCCUGAGGCCACUCCAAGCUGGUACCAGAUUUGCUAUGAGGAGCUGGAUGGAGCCUCCCUCUCCUUUGUGACAUUUCCAAUUCUAGAUAAUGCCUCACAUCGGUGUACCCCCGGAACCCCCUGGAGCCCCCACUGUCCGGAAGAAGACAGCUUGAACCUAGGUGAGUCUUCUUCCCCUCUUUAAGACUGGAGGGACAUCAGAGACUUGUGAGAUGGACAUGGAACUUAAAUGAUGAAAGAAUUCUUAGGGGUGGGGACUGAGUAUAGAUGGUAGGAGUGAUUGGGGGGGUGUAUGGAAAUGAAACAGGCUGGAAGUGACAGGUGUUUGAGCUACUGGUGGUUACAUUCUAGGUAUUUCCUUUCCUUGUGUGACUGAUUGUACACCUGUGUGUUUAUUUCUAUGACUUUGUUCUCUGCCUGUUUUGCCGGUGUGCCCUGGCACCCUCUUCAUUUCUGACCUGCUAAUCUCCCUGCUGGCUCGCUGUCUUCUUGCCUCCUCCCAGAACUCUCCUCUCUCCCUCCUCAGACCUCAAGUCAGGAUGUUGCGGAGGCUGCUGGAGAGGCCCUGUACCCUGGCCCUGCUUGUGGGCUCCCAGCUGGCUGUCAUGAUGUACCUGUCACUAGGGGGCUUCCGAAGUCUUAGUGCCCUAUUUGGCAGAGAUCAGGGGCCAACAUUUGACUAUUCUCAUCCCCGGGAUGUCUACAGUAACCUCAGUCAUCUGCCUGGGGCCCCUGUAGCCCCAGGGGGUCCUCUAGUUCCUCAAGCUCUGCCCUACUGUCCUGAACGGUCUCCUCUUUUAGUGGGCCCUGUGUCGGUAUCCUUUAGCCCAGUGCCAUCACUAGCAGAGAUUGUAGAGCGGAAUCCCCGGGUGGAACCAGGGGGCCGGUACCGCCCUGCAGGGUGUGAACCCCGCUCCCGAACAGCCAUUAUUGUGCCCCAUCGUGCCCGGGAGCACCACCUUCGUCUGCUGCUCUACCAUUUACACCCCUUCCUGCAGCGCCAGCAGCUUGCUUAUGGCAUCUAUGUCAUCCACCAGGCUGGAAAUGGAACAUUUAACAGGGCAAAGCUACUGAACGUUGGGGUGCGGGAGGCCCUUCGUGACGAAGAGUGGGACUGUCUGUUCUUGCAUGAUGUAGAUCUCCUGCCAGAAAAUGACCACAAUCUGUAUGUGUGUGACCCCCGGGGACCCCGCCAUGUAGCUGUUGCCAUGAACAAGUUUGGAUACAGCCUUCCAUACCCUCAGUACUUUGGAGGGGUCUCAGCGCUCACUCCUGACCAAUACCUGAAGAUGAAUGGCUUCCCCAAUGAAUACUGGGGCUGGGGUGGUGAGGACGACGACAUUGCUACCAGGGUGCGUCUGGCUGGUAUGAAGAUCUCUCGGCCUCCCACAUCUGUGGGACACUAUAAGAUGGUGAAGCACCGAGGAGAUAAGGGCAAUGAGGAAAAUCCCCACAGAUUUGACCUCCUGGUCCGUACCCAGAAUUCCUGGACACAAGAUGGAAUGAACUCACUGACAUACAGAUUGCUGGCUCGAGAGCUGGGUCCUCUGUAUACAAAUGUCACAGCAGACAUUGGGACUGAUCCCCGGGGUCCUCGUGCUCCCUCUGGUCCUCGUUACCCACCUGGUUCCUCCCAAGCCUUCCGUCAAGAGAUGCUGCAGCGCCGGCCCCCAGCUAGGCCUGGCCCUCUGCCUACUGCCAACCACACAGUCCCCCGUGGUUCACACUGACUCCUCCUUGCCCACCUUAAUCAUGAAACUGAAUCAAAGGGAUUGUAUUCUCCCCACCCUCAGCUCCUCACUCCUCUCAGAGAAGUGUGGGAGAACUGAGCUCUAGUGCUAUGCUAGGGGCCAGGGGCCUCUCUUCACUGCUGGACUGGAGCUGGGCUCCUCUAGACUUGGCAGUCCCUUUUUCUAGGGCCACCUGCCAGAGCUUAUGACUGUGAAUUCUUGAUGUCAUGAUUUUAUGUGAUGACUCCUGGGAGUCCCUUGUCCCUGGGGUAGGAGCAGGGCUGGGUCCCAAGCCCCUUCCUCUUCCAUAGAGAUCACUUCCAAGAAGAGUGAUCUGGCUUCCCCUGGGACCUCUGUGAAUAUUUAUUCUAUUUAUGGUUCCAAGGAAGCUGUCUGGUGAAGGAAGCCCUUCUCUGGGCACUUUAUGCCAAGUGUUGGAGUAGCUCCCUCUUCUGGUCCUGGCUCAGAGGGCCAGGAUUUUGAUAUAUUUUCUAAUAAAGGACUUUGUCUCGC